CGCGCAUGCGCGUAUAGUGGAAGAGGAUACCGGCAUCAUCAGCUGUAGGUCCUGCGGUGUGUGUGGAGUGUGUAUUAGAUACACCGUGAGAAGUUGCUGAGAAUUCCCACAGCUUUAUCACGGAAUUUUGUAAUUAAAGGAUUCCUUACAGGAGAUGAAAGCAGUCCACUAAGCUUGAGAUUCCUUGCAGCAAUGAGACGCCAGAGAUCGUCUUCACCCGUGUUCCAGGGCGGUUUGAUGCCCUCCAUGAAAACUCUGCUCUUCCUGUUCAUCCUGACAUGGCUCGUGGUGACGAUUCACUCAGACGAAGAUUACUAUAAGCUGCUGGGGAUUUCUAGAGAAGCCAGCACACGGGAGAUUCGACAGGCCUUCAAGAAGCUUGCACUGACCAUGCACCCGGACAAGAACCCGAACGACGAAUCGGCCCACGAAAAGUUCCUGAAGAUCAACCGCGCGUACGAGGUAUUGAAAGACGAAGACUUGAGGAAGAAAUACGAUAAGUAUGGAGAGAAGGGAUUGCAAGACGAGCAACAGGGAGGCAGAUACGAAAGCUGGAACUACUACAGAUACGAUUUUGGCAUUUAUGACGAUGAUCCAGAAGUCAUUACUCUGGACAGAGGAGAUUUUGACGCAGCAGUGGACUCCGGCGAGGUUUGGUUUGUGAAUUUCUACUAUCCCCGAUGUUCCCACUGUCACGAAUUGGCUCCAACGUGGCGGGAGUUUGCAAAAGAGAUGGAUGGCGUGAUCCGGAUCGGUGCCGUAAACUGCGGAGACAACACCAGGCUGUGUCGCAGUAAAGGCAUCAGCAGCUACCCGAGCCUGUUCGUCUUCAGAGCCGGCAUGAAUCCAGAGAAGUACUACGGCGAUCGCUCCAAGGCCAGCCUCACCAAAUUCGCAAUGCAGUUUGUGACAACCAAAGUGACAGAGCUGUGGCAAGGGAAUGUUUUCACUGAGAUCGAACAAGCAUUUGCUGCUAAAAUCGGGUGGCUCAUAACCUUCUGCGCCGACACCGGAGAUUGUCUGGAGUCUCAGACGAGACAGAAGCUCGCUGGAAUGUUGAAUGGUCUAGUGAAGGUGGGCUGGAUGGACUGCACCUUACACGCCGAUCUGUGUGAAAGCUUCGACGUGAAGACCAGCUCGACGGCUCUGUUCCCCCCUGGCAGCUCCCUCAGACAGGAGGGCAGUGUUCUGUUUCUGAAGACUCUGGAUGCCAGAGAGAUCUAUGCCCAGGUGCUGCAGCACAUGCCUGACCUGGAGGUCCUCACCAAGCAGAGCUUUGAGGAGAAGUUGGCUCGGCACCGUUGGCUGGUCAGUUUUACCUUUGGAGAGAAGAACGCGGCCACCAACGAGUACAAAAAGCUCGGCACUCUGCUCAAAGACUCCCACAUACAGGUAGGGAAGGUGAACUGCGCAUCCGAGGCAGAGCUGUGCGCUUCCCUCUACAUCCAGAAGCCCUGUGUGGCUGUUUUCAAAGGCCUCGGCAUUCACAACUACGAGAUCCACCACGGUAAAGAUGCACUGUAUAACAUUGUGGCGUUCGCUAAAGAGAGCGUGAGUGCCCACGUCACCACACUGCGGCCGGAGAAUUUCCCUCGGGACGAGAAAGAACCCUGGCUAGUGGACUUCUUCGCUCCAUGGUGUCCACCAUGUCGCGCCCUGCUCCCUGAACUCCGAAAAGCCUCAGUUCAGCUUCACGGUCAGAUGAAGUUUGGUACAUUGGACUGCACCAUACACGAGGGACUCUGCAACAUGUACAACAUUAAUGCUUAUCCAACCACCGUUAUCUUCAACAAGUCCAGCAUCCAUGAGUACGAAGGUCACCAUUCAGCGGACGGCAUCCUGGAGUUCAUCCAGGACCUGGUCAACCCUGCUGUGGUGACACUGGACCCAGACACUUUCCAGCAGUUGGUGAAGAAAAGAAAGCAUACAGAAACAUGGAUGGUGGACUUCUACGCGCCAUGGUGUGGCCCAUGCCAGGCUUUGCUUCCUGAGUGGAGGAGGAUGGCUCGGAUGCUGAGUGGAAUGGUUAGUGUGGGAUCUGUGGAUUGUCAGAAGUACCAUUCAUUCUGCCAGGGCGAGAGUGUGCGCGCCUACCCCGAAAUUCGUCUCUACCCACAAAACAGUAACCGCCGAGAACAAUACCAAAGCUAUAAUGGCUGGCACAGAGAUGCCCACUCCCUCAAGACCUGGGCGCUCGGCUCUCUUCCCCGUGUCUCAGUGGACUUAACACCCGAAGAUUUUAAAAAGAGGGUUCUGGAAGGAAAGGAACACUGGGUGCUGGACUUUUACGCCCCGUGGUGUGGCCCAUGCCAGCAUUUCGCCCCGGAGUUCGAGAUCCUAGCUCGGAUGCUGAAGGGCACAGUGAGGGCAGGAAAAGUAGACUGCCAGGCGCAUUAUGAACUGUGCCAGCGUGCGGGUAUCAGGUCCUACCCCAGUGUCCGCUUUUACCCCAACCUCGGCACAGCACGGCGAGACCAGGGAGGAGAGUACAUCAACAGCCAGAACUCCAACGUGAUCGCUGACAUCAUCCAGCAGAGACUCCAGCAGCUCGGCAAACAGAGGAAACUCAAACCCAAGGAUGAGCUAUGAGACAUUUUUUAAGAAGUAUCCACUCUACAAUCUGUGGCAGAAUGGACUGACCUCUACACACUUCCCAGAUGUACACACUAAAAGACUUUUUCCACAAGCUUUAAAGUGUGCGAAAGUAUUUUUUACCUCAGAGUGUGUGACGAGACAUCGUAAGAAAAUCCUUCUAAACACCAACGAUCUGCUGGUUACUGAAACAACACCAUGUUUCUGACCCUGUGUUAAUUGAGUACUGAGGAAAUGUACCGUAUGCAGUACCGUGUCUCAUAUACAUGAUGUUUCUCUCGGUGUCAUGAAUCCAGUGUGUGCGUGUGUGUGUUAGUAUUUUAUCCCAGUGUUGUGUUGUAGAGCGAGAGAGAGCAUGGUCAUUUAUAAUGUUUUUAUUUAAUGCUGCUUCCAGGGAUGAUGUCUUCAUCAUGAAAGGUUUUGCUUCACUCGUUGUUUCUGCUGAAGCAUUGUAAUCAUUCAUUCAGUAUGGGUUUUGACGGUUUAUUACCUUCUGUAAUAUUUGCCUUACUUUGAACUGAUUGUCAUUUUGAUCAAAGAAUAACGGGACCUUUCCACGGUCACGUACUGCUGUUUUGUACAGAUACAUGGUGUAGAAUAAACUUUUCUACAAAUGA